AUGGCGAGUCCCCUCAGCGAGUAUGACGCCCUCCAGCACGUCAGUCCCGUGUCGGCGCCGUCCCCGCAGCAAUCCCUUCCGUAUCCUCACGAUCGCGACGCCAGCGCUCCCGAGGUCGUCGUCGACGCCGCGACGACGCCGUCCACCAUUGUCGCCAGCCCGGUCACCGGCAACCAGGACGAGGGCGCCAAGGAGGUCUUGGCCUACGACGACGCGGGCAAGAUUGCCGUCCCGGCCGCUUACGAGUUUCAGUCCUCGCCACCUCCGCAGGUCAUCGGCGUCGGCGGCGGCGGCGGUGGCGGCGGUGUCCCGAGGCAAGAAGAGGCGGAGCGGAGCACGGGUCCCGAAGAUGCUGCCGCCCCGGCGCCGCGUCCGUUCAAGGUCUUGGGCCUGAAGAGACGCACGUUUUGGAUCCUUCUCGUCGUCGCACUCCUCGUCAUCGUCGCCGCGGCCGUCGGCGGGGGAGUCGGCGGUGCCCUAUCCUCCAGGAAACCCAAGUCAACCGAGGACACGGCCGCGACCUCCCCGACCACGACCGACUCCGCAUCAACUCCUUCAUCAACACCACCAUCCUCCUCAUCCUCCUCCUCAACCACCACCACCCCCCGCCCGACGCCCACCUUCCUCAACCAAACCGACACCUCCUCCGGCCACUUCUUCCAGGGCUUCUCCCAGCCCAGAAUGAGCGGCUCGCACACCGGCAUCGUCUCCGCCGUCGGCGGCGCCGACUUUUCGUUUGACGUGCGCAGCUACCAGUUCGUCGCGCGCAACACAAACUGCUGCCUGUCGUUCUGCCGCAACGCGACGAGCGAAGGGUGGCUCGGGUACCUGUGCGAGUCGCGCACGCAGAGCCAGGCGGCGGAUGCGUUCUCGCGCGUGUUCGUGUGGUGCAGCGACAAGCGCUCGGAUGCAUAUGCGAGAGGGCGGUGCGCGUAG